AUGGUUCUCAACGGUAGUUGCAUGUGUGGCGGUGUCCACUACGCUGUUCAAGCGGAGGAAUACAUGAGUGCUCUCUGCCACUGCACUGAUUGCCAGAAGUGGACCGGAGGCGCAUUCACCUCCAACGCCGUCGUCCCGCGCACCAGCUUCAAGCUCACCAAGGGAACAUGCACCUCCUAUGAUGCCAAGGGUGCUAGCGGCAAGAUCAACAAGCACUUCUUCUGCCCGACCUGCGGCUCGGGAAUUUACACCGAGCUUGAGAUUAUGCCUGAUAUGACCUGCGUCAAGGCCGGGACCCUGGAUAACAAGGGUGUUGAGUUGAAUGGCAAGAUUGAUGUUGAGCUUUACGUUAAGGAUCGUACUGGGUACCUCUCUGCUGUGGAGGGUGCUAAGCAGGCGCAGACUAUGGAGUAG